CAUUUUUUUCUCUGUAAAUUCCUCUCAUAAGCCACAAGAAAUUCGAACGUUUUUUCUAUACUCUUUGGUGGAUUUUGAAAUCGUAAUGGCGGCGGAGCAGAUUCGCUGCAGAAAGCUGAUUGUGGAGAUAUGUAAUGCGAAGAAUUUGAUGCCUAAGGAUGGGCAGGGCACCGCCAGUGCCUACGUUCUGGUGGAUUUCGACGGCCAGCGGCGGCGGACGGCGACCAAGUUCCGAGAUCUGAAUCCGCAGUGGGACGAGCGGCUGGAGUUUUUGGUCCAUGACUCGGAGACGAUGGCGUCGGAGAUGCUCGAGCUUAAUCUGUAUAAUGAUAAGAAGACGACCGGAAAGAGAACGACCUUUCUCGGGAGGGUUAAGAUCGCCGGGAGUAGUUUUGUGCAGGCGGGAUCGGAGACGCUGGUUUACUAUCCUUUAGAGAAGCGAAGCGUUUUCUCGCAAAUUAAGGGCGAGAUCGGGGUUAAGGUUUGGUACGUGGAUGAGGAAGCGCCGCCGCAGCCUCCCGAGGAGAAGACGGAGGCGCCGUCGGAGGAGAAGCCGCCGGAAAAGGUGGAGGAGGGGAGUCCACCGGCCGCGGACGGGGAUAAGAAAGAAGAGAAGCAGGAAGAUCAGGAAAAGAAGCCGGAAAAUCAGGAAUCGGAGAAGAAGGAAGAUAAGCCGGCUGAGGAUCAGAAAAAGGAAGAGGAAUCUACUCCUCCUCCUCCACAGCCUCUGGUUGCUCAAACCUCCGCUCAGACACCGGCGGAGCAUCCGCAAGUUGCGCCGCAAAAACCGCUGAUGAAAAAACUGUCACCGGAAAAGAGCAGCGAGCUGAAAGUCGUCCAGAGCCUCUCCGGCCGCGGUAUUGAUCGGCGGAACAGCGCUUUUGACCUAGUGGAUCAAAUGCCGUUUCUAUUCGUUCGCGUCGUGAAGGUGAAGCGAGUCAACUCGGAAGCCGAUUCAUCCGCCUAUGCCAAACUCGUCAUCGGAACUCACAGCAUCAGAACCAAAUCAUCGCCGGCCGCCGAUCAACACAAAGAAUGGGAUCAAGUUUUCGCCUUCGAUAAAGACGGAUUAAAUUCUACUUCUCUAGAAGUUUCCGUUUGGGUUGAAAAGAAAGGGGUCGAAGAUAAGACCGAGGAGAGUUCCCUCGGAACGGUGUCGUUUGAUCUACUGGAAGUCCCUAAAAGGGUGCCGCCGGAUAGUCCAUUGGCUCCUCAAUGGUACAGUUUAGAAUGCGAUCAGAACCAGAGCUCCCCGGGAAAUGACGUCAUGCUGUCGGUUUGGAUCGGGACUCAGGCGGAUGAAGCCUUCAACGAGGCCUGGCAGUCGGAUUCCGGCGGCUUUGUGCCGGAGACUCGAGCCAAGGUAUACCUGUCUCCGAAGCUUUGGUAUCUGAGGCUAACGGUCAUCCAAACCCAAGACUUGAAACUUGGUUCGGGCGGCGCCGAAGCUAAGGUUCGGUAUCCUGACCUAUACGUAAAAGGUCAACUCGGCGCACAGCUGUUCAAGACAAGCCGUACCACAGUCAGCUCUUCCAGCUCAGCUUCAAAUCCCACGUGGAACGAGGACUUAAUCUUCGUGGCAUCCGAGCCAUUUGAGCCGUUCCUGACAAUCACUGUGGAGGACGCGACUAACGGACAUCCCGUGGGCCACGCUCAAGUACAGGUGUCAUCCAUUGAUAGGCUCUUCGACGACAAGUCAGAGCCAAGAUCCAGGUGGUUCAAUUUGGUAACCAGCGACAACACCUCAUACGCGGGGCGGAUCCACGUGAGAGUAAGCCUAGAGGGCGGGUAUCACGUGCUUGACGAGGCCGCGCACGUGACCAGCGACGUCAGAGCCACCGCAAAGCAACUCUCAAAACCUCCUGUCGGCCUGCUCGAGCUGGGAAUCCGAGGCGCGGCUAAUCUUUUACCGGUGAAAACCAAAGACGGUACACGUGGGACCACUGAUGCCUACGUGGUCGCAAAAUACGGCCCCAAGUGGGUCCGCACGCGCACUAUCAUCGACCGGUUUAAUCCACGCUGGAACGAGCAGUACACGUGGGACGUCUACGACCCCUGCACCGUACUAACCAUAGGAGUGUUUGAUAACGGGAGGUACAACAGCUCAAAGCAAGAAAGCAACGAAGCCUUUGGACGGAAGGAUCUUCGUCUCGGGAAGCUACGUGUACGGCUGUCGACGCUGGACACGAAUAAGGUGUAUAUAGGUACGUAUUCCCUUAUGGUGUUGCUGCCGAGUGGGGCGAAGAAGAUGGGAGAGAUUGAGAUAGCGUUGCGGUUCACGUGUUCGUCGUGGUUGAGUGUGAUUCAGGCGUACGGUAGUCCGGUGUUGCCUAGGAUGCAUUACGUGCGCCCGUUUGGGCCGGCGCAACAGGAUAUUCUCCGGCACACGGCGAUGAGGAUCGUGACGGCGAGAUUGGCGAGAUCGGAACCGGCUUUAGGUCACGAAGUGGUUCAGUACAUGUUGGAUUCGGAUACGCAUAUUUGGAGCGUGAGGCGGAGCAAGGCGAAUUGGUUUAGGGUUGUAGGUUGCUUAUCGAGAGUGGCGUUACUGGCACGGUGGCUCGAUGGGAUCCGGACAUGGACGCAUCCGCCGACGACGAUUCUGGUCCAUUUUCUCCUCGCGGCGGUGGUGCUAUGUCCGCAUUUGAUCUUGCCGACGAUCUGCAUGUACGCAUUCCUGAUUAUUUCGUUGAGGUUCCGGUACCGGCAGCGCGUGACGAUCGCGAUGGACGCGCGUGUGUCGUACGUGGACGCGGUGGGGCCGGACGAGCUGGAUGAGGAAUUCGACGGUUUUCCGACGACGCGAUCGGCGGAGCAGAUCCGGAUCCGGUACGAUCGGCUGAGGGCGUUGGCGGGGCGGGCGCAGACGCUGCUGGGAGACGUGGCGGCGCAGGGCGAGAGAUUGGAAGCGCUGUUCAAUUGGAGGGAUCCGAGGGCGACUGGGAUAUUCGUGGUGGUGUGUUUGUUGGCUUCGCUCAUGUUCUACGUGGUGCCGUUCAAGGCAUUUGUGUUGGGGGCGGGGCUGUAUUACCUCCGACACCCGAGGUUUCGCGGCGACAUGCCGUCCAUCCCCGUCAACUUUUUCAAGCGACUCCCGCCGCUCUCCGAUCAAAUUCUUUAGAUUUCAGCAAUUAGUGUUCUGGAGGUUUCGUUCAAUCUGGGGAAAUUCCUUAGAAUUUUUGCUCAGCUAAGGAAACUGUGAUGAAUCGGCUAUGCAAGUAGACUAGUGGUAGUAAGCUCAGUGAUCUGAGGCUUUCAUUCUGUAAACCGUGGCAAAAUUAAUUGGUAUUAAUAUUAUUUCAUUGAUUUACUUUUA